GCUCUCGGCAGUACUGUUGCGAACCUGGGAAGUAUGACUGAGCCCAAAGAAUCGUGCUGCCCUAAUAAAUAUUAAAAAUGUUGACUUGAUACUUUCAUUCUCUUUCCCCCGGCGGCAGCUGCCUUGCAAGUACCGCCGCCACACCCUGAUGGCAAUUUCAAUCUCCAGUCGCUCCACCAUAGUGUCUAAAGAGGUUCUCGAAGGUACUCAAGGUCCGUGAGUCCUGCCGUGUUCUGCAAGUACAUCGGAACAAAAAAACUCAAAUGUCUAGAACAGGCGCACACACCAUCAUUUCUCAACUCAACUCCUCGCGGUCAAUCACCAAGCUCAAGUUAAAUAGUAACCGACUAGGAGACGACGGUGUAUAUGCACUCUUUACCUUCCUCAAGUCUCCAGCAGCCUCACGGCACCGCACUUCGAUAUCGGAGAUCUAUCUCAACGAUAAUGGUAUAAGCUGUAGAGGUUUGCGCGACAUUGCAGACUAUGUGAAUGGAGAUGAGGUAGCACUGAAGACAUUGUGGCUCGCAAACAACACCAUAGGACCUGAUGCUGAUGUUCUGGCCUGGUUUGCUACCACAAUCAAUCGCUCUCAACUGGAGUUCCUUUCGCUCACGGGAAAUCACAAACUUGGCGAUGCUAUCGUUGAAACCUUCUUGCGCCAUUUAAGGGCACCCCGCCUCCGCGAGUUGCAUAUCAACGCCAUGGGACUAUCUGCGCGUUGUGCAUCUGGACUCGCACAGUGGAUUUCAUCGGGCCACACCGACGGAGCUUAUUCCCUCAACACUCUUAAAUGCAGUGGCAACAACCUAGGAAUCAAAGGCGUAUGGGAAGUUGUUCACGCCAUUGAAACGGGUAACUGGUCACUCAUGAACGUGGAGAUGUACGCGAACGACCUAGCAAGUACAGAAAUUCAAAAUGACAACUCUCCUAUUCAACAAUCAGACCGUUUGCCAUCCUCUGAUACGGAGAUGUCAUGGAAGGAUGCAGAACGUGCUCUUCACAGGGUGCUUCACCGGCGAAACGCUUAUUGGAAAAGACAAGUAGAGAUGGAGGCAUUAAGUCUUCUAAAGUACUCCCGGCUCAUUCUUCGGUCCAAGGCUCCUCUUUCAUCCGCCGACCAACAUCCUACCAGUGGCUCGGCCAGCGAGUCGUUUCCAUUUUACAAUCUUCCUAUGGAGCUGCGCCUCUGCAUCCUUGCGGUCCUCGCUCCUUCAUUAUCUUGUGCCCAACGCACCCGUAUCUAUGAAUAUGCUGCCGACUCUUCGACUCUCCCGCCGCUUCUACCACCUCUACGGCGAGAUACUGUCCACGGGUGUCUCGCAGAUCCCUCGCGAGCCCUUGGAGCAAGUAUAGGAUUUGCAGUGCACACCUCAGGCGGUUGUGCUGAAGGAAAGUGUAUGGGUACUGGCAACAGUCUUGUGUGCCGUCGGGAGGCAGAGCGUAUCAGGUUUCUGGAAGUCGUUGGAUGUCGUGCAUAUGAGCCUGAACGCGUCUCUGGAAUGCGGUAGGAUCUCUUCAGGGAAUAUUUUGAUUCAAGACAUUUUUAAUGGCAUUUUUACUUAUGCAGUGUAUAUACAUC